UGUCAGCUCUUGCACACUGCUUUGUAUGGCUCUGCAUAGCAGUAUCCAAACAAAGCAGUGUGCUUGCAGUGUAAAGCGCAGCACACAGUUAAGCCUUUGAUCACCUCAGAUGUUAACCCCUUCCUGCCCAGUGCCAUUAGUACAGUGUCACUGCUUUUUAUUAGCACUGAUCACUGUAUUGGUGUCACUGGGGAUGUCAGUGACACCAAGUCAGUUCCCCUCCCAGUGUCAGAAUGCCGCCGCAGUCCCACUAUAAGUCGCUGAUCGCCGCCAUUACUAGUAUAAAAAUAAAAAAAAUCCCAGUAUCUAUCCCGCCAUUUGUAAACGCUAUAACUUUCAUGUAAACCAAUUAAUUUA